CCCUCAUUAGGCCCCCCUCUACACCCCAAAAAGACCCGCCACACAAAGCUCCCAACCCUAAUCCUAUUUUCUUGCAGAUUGAGCUCUCAUAUACUCUGCCUAGGUCUUUUCUCUUGCAUCUUCUUCCUUAAUAUAUAAACAUUUUCCCAUUUUCUUUAUCACUCAAAAAUUUCUCAGAUUUUGCGAAUGGACAGUAACCCAAUUCCUCAUGGCCUGACACAAGAAGAAUUCACAGUAUUAGAAUCCAUAAUCCGCGCCUACCACACCUUCGAUCAAUUGCCAAACACAUGCACAUCCCUCAUAAUGCAACGCAUUGAUGCACCGGCAGCACAAGCAAUCUGGCCAUUCGUCCGCCGUUUCGACAACCCACAGAAGUACAAACACUUCAUCAAGAGCUGCAACAUGGUCGCCGGCGACGGUGGCGUUGGCAGCAUAAGGGAAGUAACAGUUGUAUCUGGGCUGCCGGCGUCGACCAGCACUGAAAGGCUAGAGAUUUUGGAUGAAGAAAAACACAUUUUAAGCUUUAGGGUUGUUGGAGGAAAGCAUAGAUUAAACAAUUAUCGAUCUGUUACAUCUGUUAAUGAAUUUAUUGACGAAGAAAAAAAGAUUUACACCAUUGUUUUGGAGUCUUAUAUAGUUGAUAUACCGGAGGGGAAUACAGAAGAAGAUACCAAAUUGUUUACUGAUACAGUUGUAAAGCUGAAUCUUCAAAGGCUUGGAGUCGUGGCUAUGGCGGCUUUACAUGGAGAAAAAUAAAUUAUAAGUUGGAGGAUUGUGCUGGCAAGGUAUAAUAAUGUGUGCAAAAUAUUGAAAGUGGGUGCGUCACAAAUUUUUAUUUGAAUUAUUUGCUUAGUUGUUGUUACUUGUUAGAAGAUAAAACUUUCUUAUAAGUAUAUUUGUCUCAUUUCUAACAAUUUAGCUUCAAAGUUAGGUAGUUCAAGAAACUUCUAAAGAGAAUAAUUAUAAUAUGUACACUAGGAACUUGUUGAAGAUAAAAUUUAAAAUGAGAAAGUGUGUUUAAUUUGUAUA